UUCAGUUUACUCAAGUUAAAGUCAAUCGAUCUUCGUUUGUUAAAACAAUUAACAAAAUGCAGUUAACGACUUUGUUCUUAUACCUGAUGGUUGUAGCAAGUUUACUCUUGUUCAGUGCACCAGUAGCUGAAUCCACCUUCUUAUUCUUUGCCUGUUUACGUAGAUCACCACUUUGUCCAUUCCGUACAACAACAACUACUACAACAACAACUACAUAGAUAUUUUUGGUUUAAAACAAUUAUUGUCUAAAAUGAAAUAAAUAUAUAUUAAUUACAGCAAAUCAAAA